AUGACUUCGGCAAGAAAACGGCACGCGGCCUUCGCGUUCGGUCGUACGUUGCUGCUGGGGCGAGGCUCUCCGUUCUUCCAGCGAGGGACAACAGACACGGAGCACAGCAGCAGCAUUGGAAGAAGCCCGUCGGUGCGAGUAAACGGCGCGGUGGAUGACUCCGCGUCAGCGUUCCCGGCCUUCCCAUCCGAGCGAAUUAGCGUGGAAGCAGCAGCAGCAGCAGCAGCCGGGGCGUCUGCCAGACCCCCCUGGCAAGCCCCAGCAACAGAAGCGGCGCAAUCUCAAUCUCCAAGCGGAGGUGUUGCCGCCGCCGCUGCCACGACGUUGUCGCUGGAGUGGGGCUCGGAGAAGCUGCAGAAGCUUCGGCAGUACGUGUUCGAGCUCCCCGAGGACACGGCCGAGGAGUCGAGAUUUCUGAUCAUGGCUGCCCUCCUUGGCGUUAUCACCGGUACCGCAGUAACCAUCUUCAAGACCCUCAUCGGAGCCGUGAAGAAAUUCUCGUACGACGAUCUGAUUGGCCGAGUUCCUCCGGGCGCCGCCUCCACGUGCAUCGGAGCCUUCAUCCCCGUACUCGGCGCCAUUGGGGUGGUGUCCUUGAUGUGGGCGCUGCAGCUCAAGUCCUACGGGCCUGGGCUGGGCGGCCUAACCGAGGAGGUGGACAGACAGGUUCCCUGGAGACCUCGAAGAACGCUCGGGAAAACCCUUGCCGCGGUUGCUACGCUAGGGACGGGGAACUCACUAGGCCCGGAGGGGCCGGCGGUGGAGCUAGGGGUGGCCUCCUCCCGCUGGGUGUCGGCCAUGUCCAAGUUAUCGGUGCAACGGCAGAGGAUGCUGCUCGGCGCUGGGGCGGCGGCAGGGGUUGCGGCAGGGUUCAACGCCCCCAUCGCGGGCAUCUUCUUUGCCUUGGAGAUCGUCAAGGACACCUUCAACACGAACUACAACAGCAAGUCCUUCAUCGCCGCCACUCUUCUGUGCGCGGUGGUCUCGGCGCUGAUGGCCAAGAUCGGCCUUCACGACGAGCUGUCGCUGCGGCCCGCCGAGUACAACUUGGAGUCCCCGCUGAUUGAGCUGCCGCUGUACCUGGGGUUGGGGGUGGUGGCCGGGCUGGUGGCGGUGAUGUUCAAGUACUUCUCCCGCAAGAGCGCAGACGUGUUUAAGGGAAAUUUCCCGGGUUUUGGGUGGAUGAAGAAGGCCCCGCAGUGGUCGAAGCCGAUCAUGAUGGCGGCCGUUACCGGGACGGUCGGCGUGUUCUUCCCGCAGGUGCUGUUCUUCGGGUACGACACUCUCGACAAGCUCCUGGCUAAUACCGGGUCCUACAGCUUGCCGCUGCUUUGCUUUUUGUGCGUGGCGAAGGCUCUGCUGACGGCAGGUGCCUUAGGCUCUGGCCUCGUCGGAGGGACUUUCGCCCCUUCGCUGUUCCUAGGCGCGACGGCGGGCGCGGCUUACCAGCGGAUACUCCAGGGCUGUUUGACCGCGUUCCGAUCCACCGCUGGGCCAUCCCUGGAUGCCGCGAGCACCUUCCUGCUGCCGGUGACAUCGGUGCUCGGCCUAGGGGGCCCCGGUGGUGACCUGAGCUCACUGCUGACUAUCGCGGGGUCCCCGGCUUACGCCAUGGUCGGCGCGGCCGCGGUGCUCUCGGCGCUGUACCGCGCGCCGCUGACGGGGUCGCUUCUCCUGUUUGAGCUCACGAAGGACUACGAUAUCGUGCUGCCGCUCAUGGCGGCGGCUGGUGUCUCCUCCCUAGUGGUGGAGGUCUUCAGCCGCGCCGAUGCCCCUGCCGUGCAGCCCAUGCCUAGAGAUAUGAGCCUCGAGAUCGGGCUCAAGAUUUCCGGGAAGGCGGACAAGCUCAUGGGAAAGAUCCAGGGGGGGGGGGGGGGACGAGAAUCUCUCGAGAGUUGUACGAGCAAGGUGACGGACGCGCUAGUGCCCCGAAUCCUAGCCCUGACGGCCGACACACCCCUCCCGGAGGCAAUGCGAGCCUUCCGCCUGACCCGCAACGAGUUCGCUGUUGUCGUGUCGAGCUCGGGUUUCGACACCUACCAGGCGCCUUCGGAUUCGUCGGGGGGGGGGGACAGGGGGCGGCUUACCGGGCAGACGGGCACGAACGGGGAUACCACCGACUGGCACGCACAGACUCUUUUGGCCGAGGACCUGUGGGAACGACGCGACAUGAAGCUGGUCGGCGUUCUGGCACUACGUGAGAUCAUCCUCGCGCUAGACCGGGAGCGGGCGAGCUUUUCGGAGGACGAAGUCAGGCCGGAGCUCACGGCGGGGACCGUGUGCCGACAGAAUUGCUUCACCGUCAAGGCAAGCAUGGACAUCGCCUCGGCAAAGAAGAUCAUGACCCUCAAGGCCAUCCGUUACCUGCCCGUCGUCGUGGACCUACCCUUGCCACCGUCACCUGAGCCGGUCACUGGCGCUGCUAUGGCCACUCCUCCACCGCGGGCUCCGGUGUCCAUCGCCAAGACCGCUGCCACCCGUGCUAUUGCACCCUUUACAAGGAGAAGAUCGAACAAAAAUAGGAGAGGCGAAGGGAGUGGGAGCGAUGGAGGCAAUGGUAGCGGAGAGGAUAGAGAUGCCGCACAGGAGGCAGCGACGGUGGCGGUGCCUCCACCGCCGCCGCCGCCGCCGCCGCAGGCACCGAAGGCGGUGAUCGGCGUCCUGAGCAGGGACUCGGUGCGAAUCGCGAGCCGGCUCACCGAAACUGAGCGGGCGAUUUGGGAGAGGCCCUCAUAUUCACCGCCGCCGCCAACGCCGGUGCCGUUGUCGCCGCUUUCGCCACCGCCUACGCCGCCACCGCCACCGCCGUCGCCCGCGGAGAACAGCUAGAGCAUCUUUUUACCGAUAGGUCGUUGCUAGCGCGCUGCCUCCAGAAGAGGGUUUGUAUCGUUCGGGCGGGAAGGUGUUUUGUAUGUUGGGGAGAACCUUCUCAUGGUGUAUGUACACGUGUCGCGCUUUUUUUCCGGCCCCGUUGGAGCAGCGGUCGUGCUAGUGCUUCGCGUUGAGCGACGGUGAGGCUUGGCUUUUGCCAAGGGGAUCAAACCGGGUCCUGAACUGCUUGAAACGGCUGCGAGGGGGUGCCAAACUUCGCGAUGGGGUACUUCGUCGGAUCUCAAAAGUAGACACGCGGUAGGAUAGACGAGUAGGAAUCUUAGGACGGUUUACCAUGCCACGGAAUGUAUUUUUAGUCAUCUGCCGCCUACUGUAGAAUGGUGUUCAUCGUCUCGGGGGUGUUUUGCUAACAUGCGGGUACGCCAGCCACGCCGUUUCAUGUUGCACUGUUCCGUUUCGCGCCGAAUCAUGUGUCGUGUCGUGUCGUGUCGUGUCGUGUACCUAGACUAUCCGUUUUGUGGUGGAAUUUCCUUGUGUAAGCAUUGAGAGCAGAGUGUGAUCGACGCCAGAUGAGGAGGCACGGUAAUCCUUGGAAGGGCUGUAUUUUACCGUGGGGUGAAUAUUCCACGGCGCGCGGAAACAGUUUCGAGACAGCUUUGCUCUGCCUGCGAUGCUUCGUCGACUGCACGUUACAUGGACACAACUAGGUUUGGUUAGGGUCUGGCAGCUGGACGGGCCAUCAACCCAUCCGAUCGAUCUUCCCACAACAGAGGUCCAUCUGCCCGCCUCUCGCACAGUCGGUGACCAUAGAGUCAGGUUUUGUAUGUGAGGUUUUUCGUUGUUGCCGCUAACUGAAGUACAUGUUUUUUGCCCGAUCUCUCCCGGAUCCGCAGCCGCACAGUAGUAAAAUAUGACA